CUGGUCUCCUCGGACCCCAGUUCCCCCCUCUCAGCCCCGGAACUCUGGUGCGGCGGAUUAGAUGGUCGUGCCACUCACGCGUAGACGCCGGCAGUCGAGGAGAGAAUGCGGACUAUUGACGACGAGGGUGUAGCGGCGGCGACGGGAUCCGGUUUCUGGCUUGAUUUUGUGCUUGAGCUGUGAGCCGCGUUGAUUUGGUUGAUUUGGCUGGCUGUUGGUAGAGUGUGAAAUGGUGGACUUCCUUCGACGGCUCGCUGCUGUCCUUCUCAAGUGCUGCGAUCUUGACAUACCCAAUCGGCCAAAGGGCCUCGAGGAUCCGGAACGGCUGGCUAGGGAGACAGUUUUUAAUGUGAAUGAAAUAGAGGCGCUGUAUGAAUUGUUCAAGAAGAUUAGCAGUGCUGUGGUUGAUGAUGGCUUGAUUAAUAAGGACGAAUUCCAACUAGCCCUGUUUAAGUCAAACAGAAAGGAUAGCAUGUUUGCCGAUCGGGUAUUUGAUUUGUUCGACACGAAGCAUAAUGGAAUUCUUGAAUUUGAGGAAUUUGCUCGAGCUCUUUCUGUGUUCCAUCCUAAUGCACCACUUGAUGAAAAAAUUGAUUUUGCUUUCAAACUGUAUGAUCUCAAACAACAAGGUUUCAUUGAAAAGCAAGAGGUCAAGCAAAUGGUGGUCGCAACACUUGCUGAAUCAGGAAUGAAUCUUUCAGAUGAUAUUAUAGAAGGCAUUAUCGACAAGACAUUUGAGGAAGCAGAUACAAAACAUGAUGGGAAAAUCGACAAGGAGGAAUGGCGCAACCUUGUAUUGAGGCAUCCAUCUUUGUUGAAGAAUAUGACUCUGCCAUAUCUUCGGGACAUUACAACAACUUUUCCAAGCUUUGUCUUCAACUCUCAGGUAGAGGAUGCGUGAGAUCCAAGCUCUAAGACACCAUCCAAGCCAGAGCACAACAGACUAGAUUCUAUGGGGGCACUUGUGUGUUUUUAUUUCAUUUAAAUGUGAAUAUAUUGUCACGACAAUAUUCUUCAAGCGUGCUUUUGUAUAGUUGAGUAUAUUCUACAUUGGAUCAGUAUGAGUUUUAUGUCAUGUAUUUAUAAAAUGUUCUUCAGAUAUAUUGCUUAUCAACUUGUAUUUGCUGGCUUC